UUUCCCUUUGGUUUGUGAUAAUGAUGCCAAUGUGGGUGCUUCUGCUCAUUUUUAGUAUGAACGACUUUGGCCAACGACAGCGUGUCUUGCUAGAUAACGAUCAGCUGAUAAUCAGCAUCAGCAUCAGCAUCAACAUCAACAUCAAGAACGGGUACAGUGGGAGACAAAACGUCAAUGAAUAGAGCCAUAAACGAAGUACAAGUAAAACAAGUGCAUCUCAGCCUUUGUUAGAUAAACAAAUUUUUGAGUAAUUAAAUGAUCUGCAAAGCAAAUAAAAACAAAUAUAUGUAACUAAGGAGUAUUUGAGCAUUGUUUACGCCACUUUUUCUCUCGUCUAGCAACAGUGAGUGUAGCCAUGUGAAUUUAUACAAUUAAAUCCAUAUGUACACACGCUAGCGAUCAUAAAACUUAGCGUCCUCAAAAGUCAUGCAGCUGGCUAACUCGCAGUCGAUCUAAGCGCCUUGGCUGUAUAAAAGCUGGUGUGGCCCGUUAUGGGUUUGAAUAAUAUUCCGGAAAUGUUUACGAACUAACCAGCUGCGUGCAGUGCGAAGUAUUUGUUCAGUGGUGCAAAUACGAAGGUAGUGCAAGAAUAAUUAGAUAUCUAUUAUUUUCAAAAUUCUAUAGCAGUGCUGUGGCAGUGAAAUAAAAACAAAUCCACAUAGCAAAAUGGGCACGCCACCGAUGGAUUUUGAUGCCGUUUUGGAGAAGUGUGGCAACUUCGGCCGCUUUCAAUUCCUUAUAAUGUUAUUAUUUGGUUUUACAAAUAUCCUCUCAUCGAUGCACUAUUUUGCACAAACAAUAAUCAGUUUUACACCGGAUCAUUGGUGCUACCAUGAAAAAUUAGCUAAUGCCAGUUUUGCUGAAAUUCGCGCUGUCUACGCUCAAACAAAUAGUCCUCACUGCACUCUGCUCGAUGAUGUAAUAGAUGGCAGGCCAAUUGUUGCUGAAGUGGGUCAAUGCCGAAAGUGGAUCUAUGAAUAUGAAAUGGGAUAUCAGAGUGUUACCUCAGAUCUCGACUGGGUAUGUGAGGAUGCCAUAAAAUCUGCUGUGGGACAGUCGCUAUUCUUUGUGGGCUCCUGCAUCGGCACUGUGUUCUUUGGCAUGUUGGCUGAUAAAAUCGGACGACUACCGGCGCUCAUACUCACCACACUUACCGGCGCUUCAGGUGACUUUCUGACAACUUUCGCCAACAAUUUGCCAUUGUUUGCGCUCUUCCGUUUCCUCUCUGGCCUAUCUACGGACACAUUCUUCUACCUCAUGUAUAUAAUGGUUUUCGAAUACUUAAGCCCACAGAAGCGCACACUCGGCUUGCACAUGAUCACCGGCACAUUCUACUGCCUUGGCUUGGUAUUCGCACCUUGGUUUGCACUUUGGUCUGGUUCGUGGCGUUACUAUCUUUAUAUUGCUUCGGUGCCAGCAGUGAUUGUGAUUACAUAUCCCUUAUUAAUUUGUGAAAGCGCUCAAUGGUUGAUUGCAACACAACGUUACGAUCGCGCAAUUAAAUGUCUCAAGCGUGUUGCUAAGCUCAAUGGACGAGAAGUGAGUGAGGAGGUUUUCGAUGAGUUCAAAACAUAUCAUGAAAACAAAAUAAAUGAGGAACGCAAGUUGAGAAAGAGAACGGACACCUUCUGGGGUAUGUUCCGUACGCCGCGUUUGCGCAAAGUUACCAUAAUCAUGAUUAUAAAAUGCAUGUUCAUCUCGCUGGCUCUGGAUGUUAUCAGCCGGAAUAUGGAAGGCAUGGGCACCUCACCUUUCAUUCUCUUCUCUGCUACUUCCAUUGUCUACAUUGUGGGCUGUCUAACUAUCAUUCUGCUACAAAAUCGCAUCGGACGCAAGGGCAUGGCCUUUAGUACACUCUCUGUUAGUGGGAUUAUUAUUGCCACUAAUGCUUUUAUGAUUGCUUUUCUUGAUACCGAGCAAAAUGCUACACUUUUUGCUAUUAUGGUUGGUCUGAGUCGGUUAGGCGUUGUGGCGAGCUAUGAGGCAGAAGCGCAAUAUAUUUCGGAAUUCAUACCGACCACUGUUCGCGGUCGAGGCAUGGCCAAUGUUCAUGUUGCAGGUUUUGCCGCGGCUGCACUCAACUCUUAUGUGAUAUAUUUAGGGUACUUCUACAAACCGCUGCCAUCGAUUUGCAUGUCUGUCAUUGUGUUCAUGGGCGCUCUUCUAUGUCUCGCAUUGCCGGAGACCAUGAAUCAAAAAUUGCCACAGACAUUGAAAGAUGGCGAGGAGUUCGCGCGUCAUCAACGCUGGUACUACUUUCCAUGCUUCGAUAAAAAAAAGGAUACCAAAAAACCUGAGAUCACGGACAGAUUUUAAAACAGUGUGCUGCCGAGGAAUUCUGUAACGUUCAAAUUAGUGAAAUUUGUGUUAGAAUGUUGUAUGCGUAUCUGAUUUGUUGUAGUUGUUAUUUUUACAUUGUUAACUUAUGCAAAAAUGUUUAGGAAGUAUGUUUUAGCAAAUCUAGUAUUUUUUAGCGAAUGAAUGAUU